AUAGGGGAGCGGAGGUGGCGGCGGCGCUAGCGGCGGCCGUGGCGGCUUCCUUGGGUGUCUUCCAGUCUCCUCAGCUCGCCCUCUAGCCGGCAUCUCUCCCCUUCCCUCCCCCUUCCUUUUUUCUUUCCUUCCCUCCCCUUCCCUUCUUCCCUUCCCCGUCGGUGACCCGCCUGGCGGCUCCAGCAGCGACUGGGCCCGAGCUGUGAAGAGGCCUUUCUAAGCCAGCGAUAACGGCGACGGCGAAACCUCGGAGCGCGCAGGGCGGGGGCAAGGCCCGUGCCGUGGAGAUGGAGAAUUCUCAGCUAUGUAAGCUGUUCAUCGGCGGCCUCAACGUGCAGACAAGUGAGUCGGGCCUGCGCGGCCACUUUGAGGCCUUCGGGACUCUGACGGACUGCGUGGUGGUGGUGAACCCCCAGACCAAGCGCUCCCGUUGCUUCGGCUUCGUGACCUACUCCAACGUGGAGGAGGCCGACGCCGCCAUGGCUGCCUCGCCCCACGCCGUGGACGGCAACACGGUGGAGCUGAAGCGGGCGGUGUCCCGGGAGGAUUCGGCGCGGCCCGGGGCCCACGCCAAGGUGAAGAAGCUCUUUGUCGGCGGCCUUAAGGGCGACGUGGCCGAGGGCGACCUGAUCCAGCACUUCUCGCAGUUCGGCACCGUGGAGAAGGCCGAGAUCAUCGCCGACAAGCAGUCCGGCAAGAAGCGCGGUUUCGGCUUCGUGUAUUUCCAGAAUCACGACGCGGCCGACAAGGCCGCCGUGGUCAAGUUCCACCCGAUCCAGGGCCACCGCGUGGAGGUGAAGAAGGCCGUCCCCAAGGAGGACAUCCACUCGGGCGGCGGCGGCGGCUCGCGGGCCUCGCGGGGCGGCCGGGGCGGCCGCGGGCGCGGCGGGGGUCGCGACCAGAACGGCCUGUCCAAGGGCGGCGGCUACAACAGCUACGGCGGCUACGGCGGCGGCGGCUACAACGCCUACGGCGGCGGCGGCUCGUCCUACGGCGGCAGCGACUACGGUAACGGCUUCGGCGGCUUCGGUAGCUACAGCCAGCACCAGUCCUCGUACGGGCCCAUGAAGAGCGGCGGCGGGGGCGGCGGCAGCAGCUGGGGCGGCCGCAGUAACAGUGGACCUUACAGAGGUGGCUACGGCGGUGGGGGUGGCUACGGAGGCAGCUCCUUCUGAAAAGAUGGAGGCUGCCUGGGAGUGGCUAUAGGGGGUAGCUCUUUGAACCACCCAGCCGGGGGGUAAGUUCCCAAGUCCCUUCCCUCCCACCGCCUGCCCCGUUUUGCCCUUGGGCUGCCUCCCCAUGGGGGUGUUGCCCUGUCUGCCUGCCACCUCUCUUGUCUCUCCCGCUGAAGAUGGACUCGGCCCCAACAUACACAUUUUUGUGUUACAGUCAUUGAUGGACUCUAUUUUUUUAUUAUUACUUGGACCUUGGUCGUUUUUAUACUAGCAAAAUGUCUUGUUUUAAUUUGGGGGCUUUUUUUGGGGGGGAGGAGGGAGGGCGUGAACUUGCUGAUUCUGUAGCAAAACCUGGGCGGGGUUUGGGGUGGGGGGUAGUUUACUUUGUUGUAAGGACUUGAUAACCUGGCUACAGCGUUUUCUAUGAAAUCGACUCAGAUCCCAUGCCUGAAAUUUGGAAGCAUAUGUUAAAAAAAAAAGUAAUAAUCAUUUUUACGUUUUAUUUUUAAUAAAUCAUUGUGUUUGACCGUA